GGUCCGUGCCGUGCAUGACAUGCUGAUGGUAGGGUGCCGGUGUCUUGGGGGGCAGGUGUACGCGUGACGUAAGAAUAGGCGAGUUAGCUCCGCGACAAAAAGUUCCGAGCUUGACAUUGAAGCACCAGCGACACGGUCGACACCAAUCCACCACGACACACACUGCCAGCGCUCACGCAAACCCUCCAAACACGGUCGCGAGAGAACACUGAAGCUACAAAAGCAACGACGAAAUCCACGCUCGACGCCCCGCUACUACGCCAGCCCCACUUCCGUAAUGGCCGUCCCCUCCAUAGCCCUCCCAGGCCAACUGCUUGGCUCAGCAGACAAAUACUUCCCCGGCCCCGGGACACACAUCCACGAAUCGCAAAUCUAUGCUUCGAUAGCAGGUCCUGUCAUCACAUCACCCACACCAAAGAGCACACAAACAAAACCCUCCCCGCUUCUGUCAAUACAACGCCCCUCCACAUCCACAGACCCUGGUAUUUUGGGCACCGGUUCAGGUGGCGGCGGCACCAUCCUCCCAGAAGUCAACUCGGUCGUGCUAGCGCUCAUCACACGUCUCGGCCCCCGCUUCGCAACAUGCGAAAUCCUCGUAAUCAACAACAUCGUCUGCCGCGAGUCAUUCCAAGGGCAAAUCCGACGAGAAGACAUUCGCGCGACCGAAAAGGACAAGAUCAAGAUGGAGGAGAGCUUCAGGGUGGGUGAUUUGGUCAGGGGCACAGUCAUCAGUUUGGGAGACCAGAGUAAUUACUACGUCAGUACGAGUGAGAAUGAGUUUGGCGUUGUGAUGGCGAGGAGCGAGGAGGGGAGACUGAUGUAUCCGGUUAGUUGGAAGGAGUUUAGGGAUCCAGUUACAGGGAGGGCAGAGGCAAGGAAGGCUGCUAAGCCGUUCUGAUGAGAAGGAUGGAGAGAUGUGGGAUAGGAUAUACUCAACAGCAUUACGCCGGGAUGACGCAGAAAGACAUCCUUGUGGAGUCAACAAACUGCACAAUCUACGAUUACAC